UGGUCCUCAAUAAUCAGACAAAUAAUCCUAAAUGUUAUGGGACUGCUGACUUCACUGUUGACCCACCAAGAUUAAGAUUCAGCUUUCCAACAAAUCAAAUUCUCUCUCUUUCUGCGGUAAUAAUAUUGAGAUAAGCAGUCAUAUUAGGAGUGGACAGUUUUCAGACUUCUCAUAUGUCCAGUACGUCACCGUCUUUGGCACUGUUACUUCUAUAGACCGCGUUGCGGGCAUGAUCACCUACAGGCCCCAGAUCCGGUACAAUUUCUCCUGCACAUACCGGAUGAAAUAUCUGUUCAACAACACCAAACUGAGUGUAUUUGGUGGGACUUCAAGUAUAAAAUCCAACGAUGGUAGAUUAUUCAACAUGCUGAGUAUGCAGCUCUACAAAGACAAACAGUGCCAAGAGAUCUUAACUAUCCCAGAAACAGGACUUGAAGUGAAGACAAAGAUUUAUGUUGAAGUUCAAUGUGCUGCUGGAAUGAUGCUUUGCAACAACAAGUCCAAAUCCAAUGCAAAGCGGCCAUUAUGGCCUGUUUGUGUGGUAUACACGGGAUGCGCAAAUUAUGGUGGAGAUCAAUGGGGUGUCGCAAAAGGCGCUUUUCUCCUUUGAAGCCUUCA